AUCUGCUAUCAUUGUUCGUAUAUUUCGGUUUACCUUUAUUACAUCAAUGAUAAUCUCGACUACUGUGCUAAAUAGAUAUAAUCAAAACUUGAUUUGUUAUGACUGGGGCAAUAAAUCACCAUUAUUUACAUGCCUAAAAUUGUACUAUUUCCCAUUGUGUGGAUUCCUUCGCCGCAUUCCACGACAGGAAGACAGGAAACGAAAGCAUUCAGAGGAAAAACUCAAACAAAUCGUCUUAUUUUGGGUAUGUUUCUGAAGCUAGCCCAAAUAUGGACAAACGAUGGAACGAUCUAUUUCAAUUUUGACAUGCAGUCCAAGUUUAAAGACCACAAGCGAGGAAGUCAUCAUGAAGGAUUUUUUUCUACUUCGCACUUCCAUGUAUAGAGAAAAAAACUCUCUGUGUUUGCUCUUUAAUUUCAGGGUCAUAUUCUAGAUUAAUCAGAUGAUAGCCCC